CGUCGGCGCAGGGCUUUGAGUUGUUGGAUGAAAAACUUAACACGAAUUGCGUAGUGAAAAAUAUUGCAGAAAUCCUAAAAAAGAAAUUCAUUAAAAAAUAUUUAGAAAAAAUUGUGAUAAAUAUUUAAUUAUUAUAUUUAACGACUGAAAGUUAAAAAAUAACUCAAAUUUAAAAGAUGUCUUACGCCUAUUUAUUCAAAUAUAUUAUAAUUGGUGAUACAGGUGUUGGUAAAUCAUGUCUCUUACUACAAUUUACGGACAAACGUUUCCAACCUGUACACGAUCUUACCAUUGGCGUUGAAUUUGGUGCCCGCAUGAUAACCAUCGAUGGCAAACAAAUCAAAUUACAAAUAUGGGACACCGCUGGUCAAGAAGCAUUCAGAUCAAUAACACGAUCAUAUUAUCGUGGUGCUGCUGGUGCUUUAUUGGUAUACGACAUAACCAGACGUGAAACAUUUAAUCAUUUGACAACAUGGUUAGAAGAUGCCAGACAACAUUCAAAUUCCAAUAUGGUUAUAAUGUUGAUAGGAAAUAAAAGCGAUUUAGAGUCAAGGCGUGAAGUUAAAAAGGAAGAGGGUGAAGCUUUCGCUCGUGAACAUGGUUUAGUAUUUAUGGAAACAUCAGCACGUACAGCAGCCAAUGUUGAGGAAGCCUUUAUUAAUACAGCCAAAGAAAUUUAUGAAAAAAUUCAAGAAGGUGUUUUCGAUAUCAAUAAUGAGGCCAACGGUAUUAAAAUUGGUCAACAGCAUUCCCCCACAAAUCCUUCACUGCCCGGUUCGGGUAAUCAAGCUGGGUCAGCAAGUAGCGGUUGUUGUUAAAAGUUGCUCGACUUUUUUCCUGCAACCUUAAGUAAAAACAAAUAUAACAAAACCGACAUCAAACUAACAGUGAAUAGAAAAAACAUGUAUUUUAUUUUUUACACCAUCUUUACGAUGAAAAAUAAAAAAACUAAAGAAAAAUACAAAUUAUAGAAAAAAAAACGAAAUUCUUCUGAAAUUAAAUUCUUCUCCUUUUUAAUAAUUAGACAACACAUACAACAAUGAAAAAAAAAAUAAAAUUAAUUAAAAAAAAAAA